CUCUUCGGCCCGCCGUGACCUCUGAUUGGUAGCGGAAGACGCCAGACGGAGGGAAAGGCGGCGGAGGAGAAAGAGCGUCAGCCCACCAGAUGAGAAAAACGCUGUAGAAAUUCAAGGCUUAGAGACCCCCACCAUGCCGCUUGGUCUUGCCAGCCACAAAGCAAACAGAAUGUUUCUUCAGCAUUAGGGCAAGAUGGAACAGAAGUGGCAACAAUGCAAGCAUGUGCUCAGAAGGCAAGAGCAUCAUCUGCCAUGCUAUCGUAUUCCUGGGACCUUUUAACCCAACAGCAUCAGAAUAUUGGAAUGUAUCUUGUAACAGACUGCAGCUCAUAAACAUGGAGGCAAUGAAAGUUGAAGGGCUGGACAAUGAACAGAAUUUUUAAUGAAAUGGAGUCUUUUUUCUUGUUGUUUUCUCCUCAAGUAGUGAUCAGAGAGUAUAACUUAAAAGAAGAAGUGAUGAACUGCCUAUUUGACUGAUGGCUCAUAAUUACAUCAAAUUGCUGAUCCCUCCUCUCUCUGUCCUUCACUGCCCUUUAUGUCAGAGUUUAUAAGAAUUUAGAUGACAACAUGGCUCAUUUUGAUACUGAGUAUCAGCGAUUGGAGGCCUCAUAUAAUGACUCUCCCCCUGGAGAAGAAAAUCUGAUGGUCCAUGUCCCUGAGGGCAGCAAAUCUCCCUGGCAUCACAUUGAAAAUCUGGAUCUUUUUUUCUCUCGAGUCUAUAACCUGCACCAGAAGAAUGGCUUCACAUGCAUGCUUAUCAGUGAGAUCUUUGAGUUAAUGCAGUUCAUCUUUGUUGUGGCCUUUACUACAUUCCUUGUCAGCUGUGUUGACUAUGAUAUUCUCUUUGCCAACAAACUGGUGAAUCACAGUCAGCAUUCCAGUGACCCAGUCAAGGUGACUCUGCCAGAUGCUUUCCUGCCUCCCAAUGAGUGCAGUGCCAGAAUCCAGGCCAAUGGAUUUCUUCUCUCCAUCCUAGUGAUUGCAGGGGUCUUUUGGAUUCACCGGCUGAUUAAAUUCAUUUACAACAUUUGCUGCUACUGGGAAAUACAUUCUUUUUAUGUGAAUGCGCUCAAGAUUCCCAUGUCCAAUUUGCCCUACUAUACCUGGCAGGAGGUACAAGCACGGAUUAUACAAAUCCAAAAGGAGCACCAGAUCUGCAUUCAUAAGAAGGAGCUGACAGAACUGGACAUCUACCACCGCAUCUUGCGCUUCAAGAACUACAUGGUAGCCAUAGUGAACAAGUCACUCCUGCCUGUGCGCUUCCAUCUUCCCCUCCUGGGAGAUACUGUCUUCUAUACCCGUGGUCUCAAGUACAACUUUGAACUCAUUUUCUUUUGGGGCCCUGGCUCACUCUUUGAGAACGAAUGGAGUCUGAAGGCUGAGUACAAGCGUGGUAGCAAUCGCAUGGAGCUGGCUGACAAACUGGGCACCCGUAUCUUAUGGAUUGGCAUUGCUAAUUUUCUCCUUUGUCCACUUAUACUUAUAUGGCAGAUUCUUUAUGCUUUCUUCAGUUACACUGAAAUUCUCAAGAGAGAACCAGGCAGCCUGGGUGCCCGUUGCUGGUCUCUUUAUGGCCGCUGCUACCUGCGACAUUUUAAUGAGCUUGACCAUGAGUUGCACUCGAGACUCAGCAAAGGCUAUAAGCCAGCUUCCAAGUACAUGAACUGUUUCAUUUCUCCCCUGUUUACUAUUGUGGCGAAGAACGUGGCCUUCUUUGCUGGUUCUAUCCUUGCUGUCCUCAUUGCCCUCACAAUUUAUGAUGAAGAUGUACUAGCUGUAGAACAUGUUCUCACAACUGUCACCAUCCUGGGAGUGGCUGUCACUGUCUGUAGGUCCUUCAUUCCCGACCAACACCUGGUUUUCUGCCCAGAACAGCUGCUUCGAGUGAUUCUGGCACACAUUCAUUACAUGCCUGAUCACUGGCAAGGAAAUGCCCAUCGUUAUGAAACCAGAGAUGAAUUCGCUCAACUCUUCCAGUACAAGGCGGUGUUCAUUCUGGAAGAGCUGCUUAGUCCCAUUGUGACGCCCUUGAUUCUCAUUUUCUGUCUGAGGCCCAAAGCUUUGGAGAUCAUCGACUUCUUCCGCAACUUUACAGUGGAGGUGGUGGGUGUGGGAGACACUUGCUCCUUUGCCCAAAUGGAUGUGCGCCAGCAUGGGCAUCCUGCAUGGAUGUCAGCUGGGAAGACAGAAGCCUCCAUUUAUCAGCAGGCUGAGGAUGGCAAGACAGAGCUGUCCCUCAUGCAUUUUGCCAUCACCAAUCCACACUGGCAACCGCCUCGGGAGAGCACAGCUUUCAUUGGCUUGCUAAAGGAGCGGGUGCACCGUGAUAGCAGCCUGGCAUUGGCCCAGCAGGCUGUCUUGCCUGACAAUGCCCUGUUCACCUCUAUCCAGUCACUACAGUCUGAAUCUGAGCCACACAGUCUGAUUGCCAACGUGAUUGCUGGCUCCUCGGCACUUGGUUACCAGACAAUUCGUGAUGCACAGACUUCAAGGCAUCUGUCUGCUGUCUCUGAGGUGGCAUCUGCUUUGCGUUCCUUCUCCCCUCUUCAGUCUACCCAGACAAUACAUGGUAGUUCCCAUGCUGAUGGUGCCCAGCUUCGGGGACAUGGUAUAAUGACAAGCUCGGGGGUGGAUGCCAGGACAGCAAGCUCUGGAAGUAGUGCUUGGGAAGGUCAGCUCCAGAGCCUAAUUCUUUCAGAAUAUGCCUCUACUGAGAUGAGCCUGCAUGCUCUCUAUAUGCAUGAGCUACACAAGCAGCAUGCCCAGUUGGACCUUGAACGACACUUGUGGCACCGGCAGGAGAGUGAUGAGAGUGGUGAGAGUGCCCAGGAAGACCCAGAGGCCCAGAGGAACACCCCUAGCAGCACCAUGCCUCGCUCAGCCAGCUAUCCUUUUGCCUCCCCACGCCAAGUUGGUGAUGAGGCAUCUGCUCUACAGGCAGGCUUCCAGCGCCGUUAUGGUGGUGUCUCGGAUCCUGGUCCAGUGAAUAGGGCUCCAUCACACUUUGCUCGGCUGCCACUUGGGGGCUGGGCAGAAGAUGGCCAAGCUGCUCGACACCCAGAGCCAGUCCCGGAAGAGAGCUCAGAAGAUGAGUUGCCACCUCAGCUACACAAGGUGUAACUGUGAAGGCUGAAGAUCCAAUGGGGGUUCCAGACCUGGGGCCUGUCUCGGCUGGUGGAGCAAUGAGUUACACUGCCCUAGAAGAUACGGGUUAGCUCAAGGAUCCAUGGCCUAGACAUCAGAAUCCAAGGGUAACCGAUGUGAUGGUGUCAGUGGUGUCUUUGGGGUGGGCAGAACUCUAUCCAGACAUGCAUCAUACCGGUGACACAUUCGCUGUGCAUAGGCUGGGUGUGUGUGUAUUUACAUAUAUUGUCUGUAUCUACAUACGUGUUGUCUGUGUUGGAGAACCAUCCAAGACCUGCACAGAAUGCCACAGAGCACACACGAGAUGGGAGAGACAAGCAAUGCUCACCCUGCCUGAUGAAAUGUUCUUCAGUUGGGAAAAGGACCUGCUUGUGGAUCUUGUUCAGCAGCCAGAAGAGCUGCUCCAUUGUCUAAACUGCAACAUGAUUAAAGAUGCAAUCAGGAUGUAGAUUUGGACUCAGGAAAAGAAGGGCUGUGAAAGAUUAUUUUUGUAACAGGAAUUGAGGGCCAGGCUUCCUCCACCCACUGACAGAGCCUGACUCAACUGAAGCGGUCGCACAUAGCAAGGGAAUACAUCUUUGAUUUUUCCAUUCCACAUUGAUGCCAGACUAGAAGAAAAGAACCCCCUCGCAGUGCCAUCAUUUCUAUCACAGGAUUUGCCUUUCUUUGGGCAUAAUUGAUUUCUCAUCGCUUGGGGGCUAUAUUCAUUUCAUGUCCUACCCCUAUAUCAGAUCACAGGUUUAUCAUGGUAAUGUUUGCCUGAGCCAGGAUCUGAAGUGAUCUAAGUCAGCUUUAUGAAAUAAUGCCAGGCCUAAAAGCUUUGAAAGAAAUUCUGCUCUAAAAGCCCUCGGUUCUCCUGCUGAGACCCAGAAUCAAGAAUAAGACUUUGUGUGUGUGUGUGUGUGUGUGUGUGUGUGUGUGUGUGUGAGAGAGAGAGAGAGAGAGGGGGGGGGGAGGGGGGAGUGGAGAUUACCAGUGCUUAUCAGAGGCAUGAUAGGCAUAUCAUAUUUAAGUACAGUACUUCUUAAUAUCCUGCUUGGCGUCUCCAAAUUGGUGCUGCCCCAUUUGCGAUUUUCUUUUUGUUUUGUCUUUGGGUGCCUUGAUGGUAAUUAUGCAGCUCUCAUGGAAAUACUACAUUUUGUAUGCCAAAAAAAGCUAUCUUAAAAAACUCAAGAAGGGAUGACUUUCAUGUUUUUACAAAAAGAGUUAAGCUCACAAUUCAACUGAUAAAGCCCUAUUUCAAACUGUCUGCAGAAACACUGGUUUUCCAUUCUUGCCCUUGGUCUUCUGUCCUUUCUAUAUUAUUUUUAGGCUAGCUGGGCCUAGUUAAGUAGUAGAAACUAUUGUGGUUUUUUUUUUCUUUAAGCACUAUUUUUUUCUGAUUUUUUUGUGGGGGAGUGGGACGCCCAUCGUCACAAUACGCCAUAUUUUAAUUUCGCCUUAGCCUUUUAGGUAAUGAUCGCUGACAACCACUACCUUGUGUUAAGGAAGUAAAUUAUCCCAGAUUAUAUAUUCUGUUUUCAUUUUUCCCAGACUAGGCUGUCUAGGAUCCCAUAGCUGAUUUUUCUAGGGAUGUUUCAUGUUUACAAAAGCCAGACCCCGGGGGGGGGGGGGGAGUGGGUUGAAGGAAAACAAAAACAGAUAAUAUAUCCUCAGUUUCCACAGACUUGUUUCUAGUUCAUGGCUCAGUAUUUUCCUGUACUCAUCAUCAUUUCUUUCCCAGUAGUUUUAUCAAGUAUCUAUGGGAUAGGGGAAAUGUUGUUGAGCUGCAACUGCAGUGUGUUGUCUGCCAAGAAAUAAAAACUUCCAAUAGCUACCCUGCAGGUGCUGUUUCCUGGGCUGAUUAGAGCUGUAGUCCAGAUGUCUGGAGUACGACUACCAUUGACCUGUAAGGCAGGGUUUCCCAACCUUGGCAACUUGAAGAUGUCCGGACUUCAACUUCCAGAGCGAAUGCUGGCUGGGGAAUUCUGGGAGUUGAAGUCCGGACAUCUUCAAGUUGCCAAGGUUGGGAAACCCUGCUGUAAGGUGCCUUUGUGCAAAAAGAUUUUUACCACCAGAACAUCAAAUCAUGUCAGUGGUUUCCCAGUGCUUUAGUUUCCCUUUUCUUCUACAGCACAUGCGCACAUGCGCAGAAUAGUAACUAAAAGAACUUCGUCCUCCAACCCAAUUGCCUGCAGUGUGGCACUGGGAUACUACUGCUCCCAUAACCCCCACCCUUGUCAUGGUGCCUUUCUAUAAUGCACAACUCAUGCACCUUUGUGUGGCUGUGGUUUAGUGCUCCAAAUUGGAUCAGGAUGGUUUAACACUACAGAUACAGCUAGGAUCAGCAUUAUGCCUACUCCUUAUUAGUAUAUGGAGAAAUCCAGCAAUAUUGACAUAUCCCUGUAGAAAGCAGAAUCACUUUGCAGAUUGCUGCUUUGAAUUGUGCUGGUUAAGUAUGGAUGCUUCUUCAGCAUCCAUCUUGACAUAGCUUAGCCAAAAGGUUAGUGGGGCAGGAAAUACUAUCAGUCAUGUAUUCUUCUUAUCUUUGCUCCAUCUGCAUCUGCAUGGAAUGGCCACCUUCUACCUCCACGAUUAUUUGUGGCAUUAGGGAGGCCAGUUUGUAUGUGAAUAAUGCAAGUGGUUUGUAAAGCAGAGCUGAUUGUCCAGCUUCCUGUACAGUGCCGUAUCUACUGAAUAAAGGAGGUGUUUUCUUCUUU